AUGUCAGCCAUCCCCGGCGCAUCCGUCCACGAAAAAUUCGCCAAUUUCUCCAUCGUCCAGACUGACUACAAAAAAGUCGGCGAGCAUGGCAUCCGGGCGGACGUGCUGAUCCCCAAGGACGUGCCCUCGGGCAAGCGGCCGGUGAUUGUGCGCUUCCACGGUGGGAGUCUGGUUUAUGGCGACUCCAUCUACUUUGCCGACUGGUUCCCGCCGUGGCUGCUCGAACUGGCCACCAAACACGGCGCCGUCAUCAUCUCCGCCAACUACCGCUUCCUCCCCGAAGCUACGGGCGUGGAGAUCCUCAGCGACGUGGACGAUGUCUGGUCGUGGCUGCAUUCAACCGAGCUGAGCAAUCUUCUCAGCACCGUCGUCGGGCUGGAGCUCGACCUGGACAGGAUCCUGGCUGCAGGCGAGUCUGCCGGGGGCGUGCUCAGUCUGUAUCUGGCGCUGACGCAUCCGGACGAGAUCCGGGCGGCGACGGUGGCGUAUCCGAUGGUCAACAUCGAUCCACCGGCGCUGUACACGCCGUCGAAGAGCGAGCUGCUGCCGUUUGUGCCCGAGUCGGUGAUCGAGGAGCACCUGCAGAGCGUGAAACCGGGGGAUGUGGAAUCGUCAUCGAUGACGCCGCAGCGCACCGAAUUGGCAGCAGCGUGUUUCCAGCACAACAAAAUUCUCGACUUUUAUGUCCGGGGGACGGAGACCUCGCCGCUCCAUCGGGACCGUCUCUUCCAGACGCAGCGGCUGGAGAGCCCCGGGCAGAAACUGCCCCGGGGAGGGAUUGCCAUCAUCCACGGCGCGGAGGAUGACAUGGUCAUGGCUGAGGCAAGCAGGCGGUUUGUCAGCAAGGCGCGAGAGGUGCUAAAGGACGGACAGGGAAACAGGGUGGUUUUGUCUGUGCAGCCCGGCGGGCAUGGCUUUGAUGCAGCGGCGAGUUUGGAUGAGCCGUGGUUGAGUGAAGUGCUGAAGAUUGCAGUCGAUACGUGGGUGGAGUAA